CACCUAAUACUGUAGAACCUUUUGAUGGCAGUCUUUGUACAACCAUAAGUAAAAAUUCAACUGUCAAGGAUUUUCCACAGACACAUGUGAGUGCUAAUUGUGAAGGAUAUGGUGAGCAGGUUGGAUCUCGAGCCACUAGUCGAGACUCUGGAAUUUCUUCAGCAUCGGGUGUUCAUGGAUAUUCUUCACUUAGUGUUGCAAGCCAGCCGCAGUCACCUGAUUUGAUUAAUGAACUUACUAAUCAACCUUCUUUUAACAUUGCUGGAUCAAAAAAACACAGACCACAUGCUAGAAUUGAGAAAGAACAAAAAAGAAAUGAAUCAACUAUUGAAUCACAGCAAGCUGAGCUCGAUGAAUUGAUGAGAAAUUUGAUUCAAGUAACUGAAACCUUACCAGAUCCACAGCUUACUAAAAGUGCCCAAUCUGAAAGUUUCCCCUCGUUUUCUUCCACACUAAAUAGCACUACCUAUACAGAAAAACAGAACACACUAGCUGCAGUGCCAAGCCAGUGUUACUUUUUCAGUGAAAAAGAUAAAGUAAACAAUGAAAAGGGAGAUAGCACUUUGAGAAAUACUCCAACAGCAAUUUUUGAUCAUGUAUCUGGCCAGCUAUACUUGAGAAGUGCCUGUGAACCUCUCUUCUUGGGCUCAGCCCAAAGUUCUGCCAACAGUCUACUAGAUGAAAGUAUAAAUACUGACAAAUCAUAUGACAGCACCAGAAGAAUCCAUGAGGGCUCACCCAACUACUCAUUCCAAAAUCUUCCAGCAAAUGGACAUUUUAGUUUCAAAUGACAACAAGUGGCUUCAGAAACAGUGGCAUAAGUACCUUCUCAAGUUAGAAGGACCUAGAAAACAGGAACAGCUGUUACGUGAGCAGCGGUUAAUUUCUGAACUCAAAACUCUUCAAGCCAAAAAACACCAAACUUUAUCAUCUCUCGAAGUAAAAGAGAGAACUUCGUCACCAUCAUCGAGGCAAAAUUCACCUUGUCAGAGAUUUGACAAUUUCGAACCACUUUAUAUCAGCACCAGUGAUGAGGAGGCUUCAAGUACCUAUGAUUCUGUAAACUUGUGCAUGUCAGAACUAGAUCAUGAUGAUUUCUUUCAAUUUACAAGAAACCCUUCUCCUGAAAAACAAGAAGGUGAAGAAGUGGUUCAAAUUAAGCAUUAUCAGAGCCCAAGAAACUGUUCUUCGGUCAUCAGUCCAUAUUCAGAGAAGUGUCUUGACCAAAAAAGUAUCCCAACAGAAGUUAUCAAUGGACCCGACAAAAGAGAUUCCAACAAAACAGCAUAUACCUUGAAUUCUGAGAAACUAGAUACCCAAAUUGACUCCAGGCCAUUAGGUGUCAAUGAAAAUCACCAGAUAGAUUACAGAGUAGAUUCUGUGAACAAAACUCCUGGUUACCAAAGAGGUUUCCACGUUGGUUUAGAAUCAAAGAUGGUCAAUCAUUCUGAUGCGCAACUUCAUCAAGAACUAAUCACGGCUAAUGGAUGUAAGAAAGACUACUAUUGUGAUCUGCAAAAAUCUUUAAUUAAUGGUUUUGGACAACGGAAUCAUUACACUAGUCCAUGGCAAUUUCGAGGCCAUGUUCCUGAUUCACAAGGUUCUCAAUGUAGUGUUCAAGAUUCCAUAAUUAGUAACUGUGAACACGAAGGUUAUUGCACGUACAAGAAACAAAAUAGUGAAAUUAAUAACUUUAAUCAAGAGGUUGACCCUACAGACUCAGACUUGGUGCUUCAGCAAGAAUCAGAGCUUCAUUAUGCUGUACCUUUUAGCUCAAAAACAUUACCAACUACAGUUAGGCUUUGUUAUCCAACUGAAAAGUCCCAGACAUCUCACAACAACAUGUCAUUUGAUGUCGUAGACUGUGUUCCUACAAAUAAUCAAUCUACUAAAGUCCAGCUAAAUUUUUCUUCCCCAAAACAUGCAUUGUCUGAUCCUUGUUGGAGCAGCUCUCAGAUCCCUAGACCAGUUUCGCGUGAAGAAGUCCCUCAUCAGGAAAGAUUUAAUAAUCUUACACCUCCUCCAAAUGGUGACUCAGUGAGAGAUGACACUUCUUCUAGUAUCCAUACCAUUUCACUUGUUCCACCAACUUCUGAAACACUGAAUGUGACUCAGGAGCUACCAUUCACUGGCUUUAUAAAUGAGAUACCUAAAAGUUCAACAGUUCCGAGGAUGGAAAUUGGUCAUCUGUAUGGACGUCUAGUAGGUAGUCAGAGUUCUCCAGCCUCAAGUCAGUCUUGUCAGUCCAGCAUGUUGUCACUCACAGGUAUGUCUCAAGUUACCAUGCACCUACCAUUCUUCGCAAAGGACUCUUCUAAAUAUUGGUACAGACCUGAUCUGUCCAAAGAUGAAGCUACCGAUAUGUUAAAAGACAAGCCACCAGGAACGUUUUUGGUACGGAAAAGUUUUACUUUCCCAGGGUGUUUUGGAUUAGUAGUCAAAGUUCCAUUUUUAUCAACAGAUAGUGGAUCAGAUUCUGGAAAGUUUGAUCCCAGGGAGCUGGUACGGCAUCUGCUAAUAGAAAGCACAUCAAAGGGUGUUAAGAUCAAAGGAAGUCUAGAAGAACCAGUGUUUGGAAGUUUAUCAGCUUUGGUUUAUCAACAUUCCAUCACACCUCUGUCUCUAUCGUGCAGGCUCCUGCUUCCAGAGUUGGAGUCAAUCUGUAAAACUGGUUCCACUUGUGCAUCAAGUCAAGAAAGGAAAGUGGGUAAGACACUUAAUGUGUAA